CGGAGCGCCGGGACUUCGGGCAGAAUCUGGAGGAGAAGUAAUUGUCGGGCCCUCGCGCCUCUGAUUUCUUGUCCUGCCCAUGAUCAGCCUGAGAUAGGGAGCUCCAUGUAGGGGACUGGGCAGAGGGAAAACCCCGAUCCCAUCGCUGUUUCUUCUUUGCUGCUUUUUGCUUCUGCCCCCCGCCUUUUGCUGCUGCUGCACCCCGGGAUCUGCUAUCCGCUUUGCACCCCACAAUCCGCUCUGCACCCCACAAUCCGCUCAGCAGCAAGCCUGAAGACUCUGCACCCCACAAUCCGCUCAGCAGCAAGCCUGAAGACUCUGCACCCCACAAUCCGCUCAGCAGCAAGCCUGAAGACUCUGCACCCCACAAUCCGCUCAGCAGCAAGCCUGAAGACUCUGCACCCCACAAUCCGCUCUGCACCCCUCAAUCCGCUCUGCAGCAAGCCUGAAGACUCUGCACUCUCUGCUCUGCGCCCCAGGAUCUACAAAGGCCCAAAGCUCUGCACUUUUUGUCUCUGCCCCCCAUUUGCACUGCUGUUUCCCAGGCCAGAGCCUCACACAAUGGAGUUGGAGAAGCUGCUGAAUGAUUUCAGUCCCAGCCGGAGUGACCUCCCUGUGCCCAGACCCACCCGCCUGCCAGGCUUGCCCUGUGCCAUUGUGGCUACCAGGGGGCUACUGUGCCAAGAAUCUGGGGUCUUGUCCCCUGUCACCAGCCUGGCUUUCACCAUGAACAAACUGGCCGGCCUGGGAAGCCAAAAUGAGACACCAAAAAGAAAACUUGGCAUUUCCUUCCAGGCUCAGUGCACCUCCCUGUUGCGCACGUCAUCUUCUGAUUCGUCCGAUUCCGGUCUCUGCUUGGAUUCCCCCAGCCCCCAAGAAUUGGAGGUCACCCACGAAACUGUCAAGCUGCCAAUCAAAAGAAUCCACUCCUUGCCGGAGACUCUCCAGGGGGGCAGCCCUGCUCUAAGAAAACUCCCCCAUACUUUGGACCUGGAUCUGCCCAAACCCCUUGAGAAGAUCCCAGCGGAGAAGGACAAUAAGGAGAAUGAAUUACUCCUCUUCAAGAGGCCGCGCCCGUUCUGCCGUGCCAGGCUCCGCACUUUUGACGGCUUCAACGACAGGGACGCGUUUUCCGAAAGGCCCAACUCCGCCCCAGCUCUCAUGCUUUUCAGUCCGGACAAGAUCAACUCUGAGCUGGACAACGAAAGUCCCAUCCGCUUACGCAAAUCCUCCCUGACCUUCUCUCUGUGCAAUGAUGAUGACGAUGAUGAUGGAUUCAUGGAAAUUAUGGAUGAUGAAGAUAUAAAGACUGAUAUCCCCUCUGGAAUGCAGAAUCUGCUUACUGCACCGUUUGUGAACAAAGAAGACAAGAAUGACGCUGAUACAAUUAUUAGAAGCAAAUGCCGCCGGCUGUUCCGUUCGCCCUCUAUGCCUAGUAGCGUCAUCAGGCCUAUCCUGAAACGGUUGGACAGACCAGAAGAUGGUGACACUCCCGUGAAGUCAAAAAGGCUGAAGAACUUACCGCAGUCGCACUCUGAAGAAUGGCCAGAGAAUGAGGAGCCGAAAAUGAAGUUGGGAAGGUCCAAGUCUGUAUGUCUUGCUACUGUGGAGAAGAUACUGGACAAUGAUGAGAGAGAGCUCAUUGGUGACUCCUCAAAGGCCUUUUUACUGAAAACAGUGGAAGGGAAGCAUCAGGAUCUGAAAUACAUCACUCCAGAAACGAUGGACAGUGUGCUGAGCGGGAGGUACGACGGUGUGAUUGACCGUUGCGUGAUUAUCGAUUGCCGAUACCCUUAUGAAUACGAAGGGGGGCACAUCAAGGGAGCCUUAAACCUCCCCCUGGAGCAGGACGUGGAAGACUUUCUGCUGAAGAAACCCAUACUACCGGAGAGCCCCGACAAGCGAGUGAUCGUAAUAUUCCACUGCGAAUUCUCCUCAGAGAGGGGCCCCAGGAUGUGCCGAUUUGUUAGAAAGCAAGACCGCAAUAGUAACGAGUACCCCAAACUACACUACCCAGAACUUUAUGUCCUUAAAGGAGGCUACAAGGAUUUCUUUCCCACCUUUCAGUCCCAUUGUGAGCCUCAGUCCUACAGGCCGAUGCACCACGAGGACUUCAAAGAGCACCUGAAGAUGUUCCGUUCCAAGAGUCGGACCUGGGCCGGAGACAAGAGCAAGCGAGAGAUGUACAACCGCCUGAAGAACCAGUAGAGGGCAAAGAUGGCAGGAUAAAAGCACUGAUCGUCUUAUACUGGGGCCAGGGCUUGUCCCUAAUUGCUGCACAGUUGGAUCCAUGUGGCCUCUGAAUGGAAUUGUGUCCGGAAAUGGAAUUUCCACGUAUGGCUCCGCCAAGUCGCUCAGUACAGGAGAGACGGGUUCGGUAGAACGGUGGCUGUUCAGGCUCACUGCACAAGAGAAGCUGCUUCUCAUUGGAAGGAGGAAUCGUUUGUGAAAGUAAAAGUUGCCAUUGGUCUUUCCUAAUAACGGCAUUACGUUUGACAUCACUGGACAUUAACGCUUGAUAAUCAGGUUGGCCGCAGUGGAUUUCUGCCUUCGGAGCUGUGAAUCUCCAACGUGGAACACUAAUCACUGUGACUGCGUAUGUGACUCCGACCCCCGGCUGCCGGCAGGCUGGUUUCUGUCGGAGGGACCCACUUGAAUAUCCCCCUUGCUGUCCUGCUACUCCGUCUCCGUCGCCCCUUUGCAGUUGUUGUUGAGGUUGUUGUUUCUGUAGUUCUGAGUGUGUUGCACUUGCACUUUUUUUCUUCCAGCCUCUUGAGUUGCGUAGAGGCUUGUCCGCCAUUGCUCCGCCCUCUGCCUCUGAAAGGGGCCAAUCAGUGAGGCAUUUCAGCAACGGCCGGCUCGUGAGUGUGUGUGUGUGCAUUGUCUGCAUUCAUGUGUUGAAGGUUACUUUGUGUUAUUUGUGCAAAUGCGUGUGCCCCGCUGCCAUAUUAUUUUAUAUAUUCAGCCCCCCUAUACCUUUAAAUUGAUAUUUUUGUAAUAUCUCUUGAUUUCUUUCUUUGUAGAAAAUCAACAGCAAAUUACAACAAAAUCCAGGAACCGAAAAAAAUAUGUUUAUCUGGACCUGUGUCUUACACAAUAGGUGCAGCGUAUUGGCCUCUCUUUGCUGUUCCAGCCUCACUAAUAAUAGGGUGGUGCUUACUUUUAUACUCACGCUAACCCCGCCUCCUCUGACAUCAGAGAUGGGUCAGGUUCCAAUAGGUUAGGGCAAUUUAGGGCCAGCGGGUUUCAGGCCGAUUCCCAGGCUGAUUUGCUAUUGGGAACUGAAUCGCAAGCAGCCAAUCCUAUAUUUAUAUAUAUUUAAUAGAGCAGUUACACUUCACCAAAAUCACAUUAUGUUUGAAUUUUAAAAAUAAUAAAAAAAAGCACUUCAUCUGGUUUUGCUAAACCCUCCCCCCUAGUUAUUAAUAUGUACCCCCCUCUGACCAUGUUUAUUCUAUACCCAGACCUUCAUUUGAUGAUAUAAGGAUUGUAUUAUGUGAGUACAAGUGUUACUCAGCAAUGAUUUGAGCCCGUGUGAGUGCGGGAGCCCAGUAUAAUAUGAUUUAUCCCUUUCCCAUAUGUAUUAGGAGGAUAUGAAAUUGUUAUAUAUAUAUAUUUAGUUAUUAUUCCCACAUUGCCUAUAAAUGGCCGCUGUCCUUGAGUUCUCCUUUUUCUAGAUUCUAAUAUAUCUCCAGGCAAUCUGCUCAUUGGAACAAGUUUGUACUGAGACAAAAAUUCUAUAUUUAUAUAUAUAUAUAUUUUUUUUUUUUUGGUUUUGCACAGUUUAAAAAAUGAGAAGCCAGUUAUUCAUGACUGCCAGGGACAGAAGUAUUUCCAUUGGGAGAGUCUCCAGUUAUUAUUUGCGUUAUCCCAUAUUGUAUGUGUGAUUGUAAUGCUUAUUGUACACCCCCCCCCCCCCCCCCGUCUGCACAUUGUUCUGUGUAUUCAUUCAGGGGAAAAUUAAAAUCUUGUUCUUUCGUA